AUGGAAACAGGGAAAUUAGAGAGUAAAUUACUAUACUUGGAUGGCAUUGCAUCUGAAUUUUGGUCGAAAAUCAUCUUCUACACAAUCUUCACUAUUCUUGCCUUAACAAAUGCUGCAUUGCAACAAAAUCAAAAUUCAUCAGCCAAGAACUCGGUUGCAGGGUCCUCGAACUCAGUCCAGAUCAAUUCCAACUCAUUACUUGUUGCCCUUUUGGAUUCUCGCUAUACUGAAUUAUUAGAACUCGUGGAAAAAGCACUUUUGAUGCAAACCCUUGAAAAGGCAGUGUCGAAACAUAAUGUUACAGUCUUUGCUCCCAGGAGUGAGGCUUUGGAAAGGGAUUUGGAUCCCGAGUUCAAGCGGUUUUUGCUCGAGCCGGGGAAUCUGAAAUCGCUUCAAAAUAUGUUGCUUUUUCAUAUAAUUCCGAUUCGCAUUGAAUUGACUCGCCGGCCUCUGGUCCGGUUCUUUUCUAAAGAGAACUGA